AACCGUCAAAGCAAACAUCAAGUCUUCUGAACUGACAAUAUAUUUUAUCUUUUAAUAUUUCCUAUUUUAUUAUACAAAUAUUACUAAAUAUAUUGUACAAUAACUUAAAAGACUGAUAUAUAAAAUGGGUGAUGUAAAGAAUUUGGAGUCUUAUGCUAUCAUUGGCUUUGAUGGCUCGGCUAUUCGCGGGCUUAAGGUCCACCCAGACAGUGAACACAUAGUGUAUCCAAUGGGCAACAAGGUCUGCAUCCAGGAGUGGAAGACCAAGAAGAUGUACUUUCUCAGCGGACAUAGCAACAGUGUGUCAACUGUCGCGAUAUCUCCCAAGGGCACUUUUGUGGGGUCGGGGCAAAUAAACCACAUUGGGUUUAAAGCUUCGGCUAAAGUGUGGGAUUUUAAAAAGAAGAUACAAGUUGGAAGUCAUGAACUGCAUAAGGUUCGCGUCGAAUCGUUAACAUUUUCAUCAGACGAGCGCUACAUGAUAUCGCUAGGUGGUCGUGAUGAUGGCUGCGUGGUCCUGUGGGACUGUUUCGCGGAGUCUGCUACAGGAACAGCAGCAGCAACUAGGCUGACUACAGGAGACGCUGUGACCCUGACCGCCCUCAAUUUGAGGGUCAACUCCUUUGUUACGGGUGGCGACUCCAACCUGAGAGUAUGGAACAUUCGCGCCGAAAGCAAGAACCUGGACGUGGUAGAUGUAGCGCUCGGUAAACUCCGGCGCAGUGUGCGCUGCAUCGCCGUUAAUAAAACCGAUACCUAUGGAUAUGCUGGGACGACGACGGGCGACAUGAUAAAGUUUUCUAUAAACUACCCGGCUGACCCGACGGCUUCGGUGAACAUGUGCAAGCCGGCGCUGAUUGGCUGCCUCGCCAAGUGUGGACCGUGGAAGAAGGGCAAAAGACCGGAAUCCGUCUGCUACAGUCAAGGAAUAGAGUCAAUUCUCAUAAUGGACGAUGGAUGCCUCAUCGUGGGUGGUGGAGAUGGAACGAUCGAUAUCCUGGACGAGAUCAACUGGAAGGGAUCCUUCCCCAAAGGCAAAGUACUGGAUCCUAACAUGCCGUAUUUUAAAGCAUUAAAAUCAACGAAGCUGGAAGGCAGUAUAACUUCCUUGGAAUUGAUGGAGUCUCCCAACCUUCGCGACAACAAGCGGCUCCUGCUAGCUGGUACUAGGAGCAGUGAGAUAUACGCCAUCAACGUGGCCACCUUCAACCCUACCCUCGUCGUCACCUGCCAUCGAUGUGCUAUCAAUGAUAUUGCCUUUCCUGUUGGUAUGUCUGGAGUAUUCGCGACGGCGGGCUCUGGUGACGUGAGAGUGUGGUGCCUGGAGACGUGUCAGGAACUGCUCCGCAUCGUGGUGCCAAACUUCACGUGCUCUACUGUACUGUUCUCAGGAGAUGGGAAGUCUAUUGUCUCAGCGUGGAACGACGGCAACAUCCGUGCGUUCACGCCGCUGACGGGCCGGCUGAUGUACGUGAUCUUCAACACGCACAACAAGGGCACCUCCGCGCUCGACAUGACGGACGACGGCAAGACUCUCAUCUCCGGGGGCUGUGAGGGACAGGUUCGAGUAUGGGAUAUAAGACCGGAGCGACAAACCCUCAAGAAAGUCCUCAAAGAGCACAAGAGCCCUGUGUCUGCCAUACAAGUGUCGCCCAAUAACAAGGAGGCAGUCAGCGCCGGGACUGACGGCUCCUGCAUCAUAUGGGACCUUAUUUCGUUAUCCCGUCGCCAAGUGAUGUACGCGAACACGUUGUUCAUGUGUGUGUGCUUCGAGCCACAGGGCUGUCAACUGCUCACCGGAGGAUCCGACCGCAGGGUCGCCUACUGGGAGACUGGCAGUGGCAACCUUGCUAGAGAGCUGGAAGCUAGCAAAAUUGGAGCUGUGAACGGACUUCACAUCACUCGGAACGGUGACCUGUUCGUCACGGGAGGCAAUGAUCAAAUGGUUAAGCUGUGGAAGUACCAGGAAGGCAUAUACACGCACAUGGGUCUGGGCCACGCGGGCGCGGUGACGUGCUGCCGGUUCAGCCCGGACGCGCGCUACAUCGUCAGCACCUGCGCCGCCGGCAGCAUCAUCGUCUGGAAGGUGCCCGAGCAAUACAUCCGCAAAGACCCCCCACCGGCCCCCACGACCCCGCAAGCAGCGGAAACAUCAGCGAAGACAUUACAAGAAGAGCUCCGACUACCUCUGGCAGAGAAAACCGCGCAGAAAGCGGCCGGAGACCGGCCCUAUGUACCAUCUGCACCUAACAAGACGGAGAAGAUAGAAGCGAUGGACACGACGCGCGGCAGCGUGCACUCGACGUGCUGUCCGUGCGACUCGGCGCGCACCAACAACUCCAAAGCUUCCGACAAACCUAAACCCACACCUACCGGGACCAAGUGUUGUAGACCACCCGGUAGCAACAAAACAGAUAACUUACCGACGCGGACGACAAGUAAAGAAUACGUAUGCGGCAGUGGCGAUAAUAAGAAAUAAAUGUAGUUCAGUCAGUGUUGUUUGUGACUAAGUAUCUGAGGGCUUAGUACGAGUUUGUUUUGCGGUUAACGUGAUCGAAACGAGGGCGUGUUCGGCGCUCUCAUUGGUAGGUCCAUUCAAGCCGGCUAAUCGGAGCGCCCAACGCUUCGAUUCGAUUUCGUUAAACGUAAAGCAAAUUAGUACUAAGGGUACUGACUAUUCAACUAUACCGAAUUAUUUAUUUAUUAUGGCAUUUUAUAAUUAAACGUAUUUUGGUGAAACUUA